AUGACCAGCUUCAACUCUUAUACCCAGCAAAUCUGCAUCGACGAUGCUGUUGUGAUGGAUCCUGACAGAUCGGAGAACGUCGUAACCAACGAUGGUACAACGAUGCGAAUCAUGGCGCAAAAGAAAGACGCGUCCGAAUCAGAGCCAAAGGCUGCGGAGUCAAAGUCUGCUGUUGAGGACAAGGAAGAGGAUGGAGAUCCCGAGGCUCAAGAUGAGCCCGAUGGAGAGACUGAGGAUUCUCCAAAGGAAAGCGAUUCUGUCGAUGAUUUGCCGGAUGCCGAUGAGGCUCGAACGGAGGUUGAGGACAAGGCAGCUGAAUCUGAAGUUGAUGAUGCCGAUGCAACAAACGGCGCUAGCGAGUCGGAGGAUGCAGAGCCUGCGUCUGAGCCUGUUAAGAGCGAACCGAAAUCGUCAAAGGCUCGCGCCAGAGCUAUUUCAUCGUCGGAGAAAGAGCCUCGGGAUGCAACAAGAACCGACCGGGCCGCUAUACUGGCAAACCUUCAGGCUAGUGACAAGAAGACCACUAGAGCGGCUGCAGGAAAGCCAUCACAGCCUCAAGGUGAUGAUGAAGAGAUUGACCGAGAGGCCAUUAUCGCAAACCUUCAGGCCAAUGCUGAACGUCCUAAGCCCAAGAGCUCCACCAAGCGAUCUCUUUCUUCUGAUCGGGCACAAAAACGCGCAGCCGAAAGGUCAACCAGGCCAAUUGAUCGUGCUGCAAUCAGAGCUGCUCUAACCAAGACCAAGAGCGCUGGAACUCCUGUGAAAUCGGCCCAGGAGGUGGCCGAAUCUGCCGAGCGUGAGAAGGAAGAGAAGCAACUCCUGGCCGAAGACCGUGCCUACCGCAGAAAACUUGACCAGGAAGCGCGCGAGGACGAACGAAAGCGUCGGGGCGAGGAGCGUGAAGAACAAGAAAAGAUUCGUUCCGAAAAGCGUGCGUGGGAUGCUAAAAGGCGCGAGGACGCACGCAAAGCCAUUGACAAUGCGGCCAAUUUGAAGGCAAUGAGCAUGGCGGAUAUGGAAAAGAUUCGACAACAGAACCAAUUUGUCGAACGCUUCAACGGCAUGACGGAACAAAGUACGAAGUACGACUUUGACCCCACAGCCCCUCGUGGCCCAAGUCAGACCGUCAUCUACACGUCGCGCUUCGUGGAUCGUCUCAGCGAUGUCAUGGAUGACAUGAGUAUCUCAGGAUCAUUGUCGAUCAAAGCUGGCAAGAUUGGUGGUUCCGGCAAAGGCUCUUUUGUCGACUCCGACAAGUUCAAGGAGAGCGAUCUGAACUUCUACAUCUCUGUGAAAGUGAUCAACCAAACAAUCAACUUCAAAGAUGCUCUUGUAUACAAUCCUCUACGAUCUGUCGACAAGGACAAUUUCCGUGAGGUUUAUGGCGACUCUUUCGUUUCCGGUUUCUUGGAAGGCGGCGAGUUCAAUGCCCUAGUCAGCAUGAAGAUCCUGAACAAAGCCAAGAAGACAGACAUUCAGGCUGAGGCAAAGGUCGCGCUGACCGCCGGGCCAGUUCAGAUUGAAGCUGAAGCAAAUGUUGGAGUUGCCAGAUCCAAUAUUGAGACAAACACGGAAACGACCAUCCAAGUUAGCUGGUCUGGAGGAGGCCACAUCAAACCGAUGGAACAGCAAUGGGAUAUUCAAAGCCUGAUGAGCGCUGCUGCUCGAUUCCCUGACCUCGUUGCUGAUUGUCCUCAGCGUACUUAUGCAAUUUUGACAAAGUACGACGCGUUGCGAAGCUUCGUUGCACGAAAGCCAGCAUCGUAUACUGCGCUUCAGUAUGAGAAUGCACAAAUCUACACGAACACUCUACUUGACACAUUUGUGAGCUACAAAGCGCUGUACAAGCGCCUGGGCGAGCAAGCCUUCCAGGUACAGGGCAAAACAAUGGAGAUCCAGCAGUGGAGUGACAGCGACAAGGUUGCGACAAAGGAAGAUAAUGACCAGAAAGAAGAGUCCGCAUUGACGAAAACAGGAGGGAAGGGCGCCAAGGACAAGACAGGCUUCUAUCCUUAUAAAGAAGAGACCUCUCGCUUUGAGGCAUCAAUCACAGGCCUCAGCGAUGCCCGUAAAGCUGUCCGUCGACAAAUGGCUCGCAUCGUUAAUGAGGUCAGCUUGAUCGAGCAGGAUCCUAAGCUUGCAACAGAUGAAGACCAUGAGGAGCCUUUCCAGUCUUCAACUGCGUUCGAGGAGCGACUUCCUACAGUCGUGGUACCGGAAAGACUUCGAAUCAAGGCCAAUCCUUUAUCUGGCAGAAGGAUCCAGGCCAAGGCGCUCACUGAGGAUGAACAGCAGGAUGCUAUAGCGAUGGACGAGAAAGCUGCACAAGAUUCACCUCUUUUCGCGCCGACUGAUCAGCUGUCGACAGAGGAGCAACGGGCUAUGCAGGCUCUUGUUGACAUUAAUCCAAUGAUUGGAGGUAGCUUCCACGUUUCUAGCGCUGCAGGUGACGAGUUCCAAGGAAAACUAUUUAACAACCUUGACUACCUGAAGCCAGACUGGGAGGUCCGAUCGAUCAGGGCUGAGAUUGCUGAAGGUGCUCUCGUGUAUUUGGCAGUUUCGUAUGAGAACGGUCUGUUGUCUCGCAAUGAUUCACGUGUGAAGAAAUUUGGGCCUUUCCUUCCCGGAGAAAGGAUCAGCUCUGCCUCUAUCGAACACGGAAGGCGACUCGGCGAGAAGUAUUCACAAGUUCUUGGAUUACGCCUAUUUACUAAUCGUGGUCGGGGCUUGAUUGCUCGUGCCCUUCAUUCCGAGCCCGGUACGGCUCCAGCCGACUCUGGUGCAAAGGAUGCUGAGCCCAAAAAGACUAUCGUCAGGGACGGUGUCCCGUAUGAAAUGGUGAAUGUAAUCUACCUUGAUGUGCCGUUCAAUCCCGGAACCGUUAAGGGUUUCUUCGGUCGCAGCGACGACAGUUCGCAAAACGCUAAGAUAUGGCGCCUCGGUAUCGUGUGGUGCCGCACUGCACAGCCUGCCGACGAUACAACUGAGCACUUUGGCGAUGCUGGCGAUAUGGGUGACAGCGAGGAUCUUGCACUUCUUCAGAAAGACCAAAGUACUUCGACGAAGAGUCUGCAGGAUACACAAAAUAAGCUCACCGACACACAGACAAAGCUAGAGGCUGCUCAGAAGGCUCUCGACGAAGCUCGCAACAACAACACGCAGAAAGAUAAGCAGAUUCAGCAGUUCAACGAAGAGCGAGACAGGAAACAUGACCUCGCUAUUGGUCCACAAAGUGGCAUAUUCUCAGCAUCCCACGAGGGCUUCAAGGCUGGCAUCGAUUCGUCGAUAAAAACUUCGAAGCCAUUUCUACAAGCAUACAGCAUCAACCCGAAAAUGAUCUACGGCCUUGCCCGCAUGGACUUCGAGCACGCAUCACGCAGUGCAUCUAUAGCGGUUGAAAUUUCGGAUAUCAAGCCGUCAGAGUUGACAGUGAGAGCGAACUCUUUCCAAGGGUGCAAUGCCUUCGACAUCAAUUGCUCCUGGAUGACACUGCCGAGUGAUCUUCACCUAGAAUAUGGAAGUGUCGAUACAGCUGGAGAAACAGGAUUGAAAGAGAAAUUCCGCCGCCGCGUUACGUUUACUCAGAAAUUUACGUCUCAGCCGAAGAUUUGCGUCUGGCUCCAGGCUGUCGAUUACCCCAGUUCCUCAGAAGAUGGGUGUGGCGCCAAUACAUGGACUUCUAUCCGUGCUUUUGUCGAUGAUCUAACCGACGACUCAUUCACAAUGUGCCUCGACACAUGGGAUAGUCGCAAAUUUCGCAAUGUCCGUGCCGGCUGGUUUGCUUACCCAGCCGAGGAAGAUGGAAAACGCGUGAGAAGUAACCGUGAGAGAGUCGUGCGCGCUCAGAAGCAGCUGAAGCAUAAAGCACCAUUCUAUGCUCAACCAUUCUUGCGCACACCGGCCACUUUCAUUGCCAUUUCGGAGAUUGACUUUCAACGUGGAAAAAACUUCCGUUUUGAUUGUAAAUCCAGUGCUCCGAAUAACCGAGAGUUGGAAUGGGAAUAUGGUACCUGGGAUGAUUCGGACAUGGAUCAUUGUGAAAUUAUUUGGAUUGCGAUUGAAUAA